UUUUAAUAUUAUCUUUUUGAUGUGUUUUGAGUUUUCAAAUGCAAUGAGAAUUACUUAAUUAGUUAUUUAGAAAUAUUACACUUUGGGAUAACAUAAUAACUCAAAACGAUUUUCGGGAGAUCUGGUCUUAGCAUGAGAUAACGUUGAACGAAUUGAAAUUCAGCAAUCGGUCGAACUUGUUGGAAACUAAGCAACGGUUAAGUAGUGCUGGCGGUUUCAUAGGAAGCAAUCGUAUUUUUGAGAAAUGGCAGAUCCUAAAGUUGAGCAACCUACAUCAGACGUAGAAAAUAACUACACACCAAGUAACGACCCGAAGAAUAUGCAAGAAGUAACACAAUAUGUUCAAUCUCUGCUACAAAACAUGCAAGAUAAAUUUCAAAGUAUGUCUGACCAAAUCAUUAAUAGAAUAGAUGAAAUGGGUACUCGUGUUGAUGAAUUGGAAAAAAAUAUCACAGAUUUGAUGACACAAGCAGGUGUUGAAAAUGAAAAAUAAUUUAAGAGAUUUACAUUAAUCAUAUAAUAGUGUAUGAUUUGUACUUGGUAGUAAUAUUAUGCAUAAAUUAAAGCAGAUAUAAGUCUUAAUUCCAAACAUUAAAUUGAAAAAAAAAAACCACAUUUGUUUGUAAUUCCUCAUAUUAACAUUGAAAUCUUCCUCAAAGAACCAAUAAAAUUUAAAAACGUUUUUAUUAAAUAAUAAAGCAACCAACAAAUAAUUUAUAUUCUAAAAAGUUUUUCACUUUAAACUAAAAUUAACUAAUGUAUUUAUAACACCAUGUCCAUAAUAAUAUAACCUAAGUAAUUUUAUUUAAUUGUCAUCAAUAUAUAAUUGUUGAAGAAUCAUUAAUGUAUCUUAAUGGUGUUUGUUUGCAACCAAUCCAGCUGUGAAAACAAUUCUAUCUAUAUAAUAUAUAUAUAUUCACAAAUAGGUAUUUUAAUUGUAGUCUUAGAUAAGUUUUUUGUAUCACAUAUGUUUUGUAAUUUCACACAUUAAAUUAUUUGAAAACA